AUGCCACAGGGAAGUCCUUCACUCAUUGAAUUUGCCCAUGGAAAGGUGCAGUUGGCCCCACUGGUGGCAGUCAGACUCUUAUCAACCUUUUACCAGCAGGCAUUUGAGCAGCAAACCCCACUGCUCAAUGCUGCUUUGCCUCUUCCUUCCCCAGGGGCUGGAGAGAGGCAGCACAGGAUGAAAACAAAGCCAUUUUUCCCUCUGCUGCUGUCGUUUCUCACAGAUCUCCUGGCAGCAGACACCAUUGGCCCAAAYGAAGCAAAGCUAAAGAAAGCCAAGCUCCCCAAAAUAAAAAAGGAGAACAAUGUCCUCUUGCUGAGAACGAGCAACUUUGACAGAGCCCUGAAGGAAGCUGAGUACCUGCUGGUGGAGUUCUAUGUUUCUUUAGCUCAGUCAUCUCAGAAUUUCUCUGAAGAAUUUGCUGAGGCUGCACGACAGCUUAAAAAAGAAGCUCCAAGGAUCCAGUUUGGCAAAAUUGAUGUGACACACCAGCACGACUUGAGAAAGGAAUUUAACAUUCAGGCCUUUCCUGCAGUGAAAUUGUUUGUGAAUGGCAGCAGGGAGGAUCCYAUAGACUGCAAAGGAGUCAGAAAAGCCUCAGCCUUUAUCACAUGGGUGAAAAGAAGAACAGGACCUAGCACGGUUUUAAUCAACUCCACAGCUCAGGCUGAAGCCAUCCUAAAAGCUGAUGAUCUGGCAGUGAUUGGCUUCUUUAGGGAACCUGACAAUGGCAGCGUGGAAACUUUCUGUGAGACAGCACAAGAGGUGCCAGAGAUGCCCUUUGGGAUGACAGCCAGCGAGGAUGUCUGUGCCACCUUCGGCAUCCAGAGGAACUCCCUGCUGGUGUUUGAGAAGGGAAAACCAGUGCACAGUGAAGUGCUGGAGGAUGGGAGACAGAACAAACUGAGUCUAACCAGGCUGAUCAAAACCUUCACCUUGGAUUUGGUCACUGAAUACAAUCCUGAGACAUCUGUGAAGAUUUUUGAUGUCCCUGUUGAAAAUCACGUCCUGCUGUUCACCCCGACGAACUCGGAGGCAUUCAGUAAGAUUUAUGAAAACUACAGAUCUGCUGCUGCAGAAUUCAGAGGAAAGAUGUUGUUUGUUUUGGUGGAUACCGAUGAAGUGAGGAACGGACGGAUUUUUGAGUAUUUUCGCAUCAGAGACAUUGAUGUUCCUGCUGUGAGAAUCCUGAACCUGCCCAGCGAUGCCAGGUACAAAAUGCCAGCRGAUGAGGUGACUCUGGAGAACCUCAGAGCAUUCUGCCAGAGCUUCCUCGAUGGGAAAGCAAAGCAACAUCUGCCAAGUGAAGAAAUUCCAGAAGACUGGGACAAGAUGCCUGUCAAAGUGCUUGUUGGGAAGAAUUUCCACAGCAUCGUCUUCAACAAGACCAUGACUGUGUUUGUUAUGUUUUAUGCCCCCUGGUCCCACGAGUGCAGARAGCUCCUGCAGAUCUGGGACAAGCUGGCAGAGCAAUAUCAGAGUCACCAGGACAUCAUGAUAGCCAAGAUCGAUGUCACAGCAAACGAUCUCCAGUCUGUGGGCGUGGAGCGCUAUCCCUUCUUCACCCUGUUCCCUGCUGGGCUGGGUUAUCAGGAAGUGGCCUACACUGGGGAAUACACAUUGGAAGCAUUUUCUGAGUUCUUAGAAGAACAAAUCAAGACCUUAGCAGAAGCAGGAGAGAAGGAUCCUUUGGGAAGAAUCAAAGAGGAUCUCAGCCAAAAAGAAACUGUAAUAACAGAGAAGGAACUUUAAUAGUACAGAGGAAGAGAAAUGUUCUGAGGAUUGUGGGGAAUCUUUCCUGGAAGGAGCUCACUGGAAGAAUGAAUCAUCUCAAGUGAACACAGAGCUGGAUAAAAAAUAAAAGUAAAGGAUUCAGUAUCCAUGGCUUGUUAUGUG